GAGUCUCCCUCCCUGGCAGCAGAGCCCACCAUGCAGGCAGACUCUGUUCUCCACAGUGGUUACUUCCACCCCGUGCUGCGCUCCUGGCAGUGCACGGCCACCACCUUCGAUGCCUCCAACCUCAUCUACCCCAUCUUUGUCACUGACAGCCCUGAUGCCGUGGAGCAAAUUCCCAGCCUUCCUGGACAAGCCAGGUAUGGGGUGAACAAGCUGGAGGCGAUGCUGCGGCCCCUGGUCGAAGACGGCCUCAAGUGUGUGCUCAUCUUUGGGGUGCCCAGCAAGGUGCACAAGGAUGAGAGAGGCUCUGCUGCUGAUGCCGAGGGCACUCCUGCCAUCCAGGCCAUCAGGAAGAUCCACUCCACCUUCCCAGAGCUGCUGAUUGCCUGUGACGUCUGCCUGUGCCCUUACACCUCACAUGGGCACUGUGGCAUCCUGCGUGAGGAUGGCACCAUCCAGAACGAGCUCAGCUGCCAGCGCCUGGCCGAGGUGGCGCUGGCUUAUGCCAAAGCAGGCUGCCACAUCGUGGCCCCCUCGGACAUGAUGGACGGGCGCAUUGCAGCCAUAAAGCAGGCACUGAUCUCCAACGACCUGGGCAACAAGGUCUCGGUGAUGAGCUACAGUGCCAAGUUUGCUUCGUGCUUCUACGGCCCCUUCAGGGACGCGGCGCUGUCCAAACCGGCCUUUGGGGACCGGCGCUGUUACCAACUGCCCCCGGGCGCCCGCGGGCUGGCCCUGCGCGCUGUGGUGAGUGUGGGGUGA